UAUUAUAGGAGUCGUAGAGUUCAUUAACUUAGAUGUUGCCGUAGCAAGAUGCAGUAUUCCGUUCUUGCUACUGUUUCAAUUCUUUCAUCAUAGAAUUUAUCUGACGUAUAGCAAAACAAUGUCUGAAAGGAAGGUAUCCUCUUUGAACUCGGUAGAAGAGUAAAGAAAAAGCACAUAUCUCAUUUCCAGGCACAUUAUUCUCUCCUUUGAUAAAGGAGCAGACAAAUUGUAAAGUUGAUUAUGACUUUUGUAGCAUAUGUUUGACAAUGCAAGGCCUCUUCUGCAUCUAUAGUCCAUUACAUGAUCUUAGGAUUCCUUUCCUGGUAAAAAACAGUAGAAAUCUUCCCAUAAAAUCAAAGUAAGAUUCACAACAAUCUUGUGCAAAAUGUCAAGAGCAAGUGCCAGAGCACUGGCGGAGGCGUCCUGUACCGGGAUUGUUCGUAGGAUGGUGAGCCUUCCUCGAAGCAUACUAGGAGGAUUUUCAAGAGUUGUGAAUCAAGGAAAAGACCUUAUGGGAAUAGGAGGAAGAAGGCCUCAGACUUUCCAUUCACAGCAGCCCUUGAACUUUCCCUUCCAAGAUCCUUCAUAUUUUCCUCUGCAAUAUCCACAGCAGCCCCCUGUGGUUCAAGAAGAAUGGGCCUUUCUAGCUAGUUUUGAGCAGCAAUAUGGAACGAUGCAUCCGUUUUUCUAUGCUUGCCGCUUUAUGGAUGCUCUGAAGAUAGCUCAGGAUGAGCAUAAGUUCAUGUUCAUGUACAUCCAUUCACCAGAGCAUCCGUUCACUCCCUCUUUCUGCAGAGAGACCCUUUGCUCGGAAGUGGUCGUGCAGUUUCUUGAUGCAAAUUUCGUUUGCUGGGGUGGACUUGCCGGCCGUGGGGAGGGUCUGCAGAUGGCUAGCGCGUUAAGCGUUUCUAGCUUUCCCUUUUGUGCGAUUGUCGCUCCGGCUGCUGCCGGUGAUAAUCUAGCUGUGCUGCAGCAGAUGGAGGGUCCACUUUCACCUGCUGAAUUAGUCGAAAUUCUGCAAAGGACAAUGGAAGAACAAGGGGUGGCAUUUGGGAGUGGAAGGGCUAAGCAGGAAGAGAAGAGACAGGCCGACCGUCAGUUGAGGGAAGAACAAGAUGCUGCUUAUUUAGCAGCUCUCCAGAUAGAUGAGGAGAAAGAACGACUCAAGAAGAAUUCAAAUUCAGACCACAGAGUUAAACCGAAACCCGAGAAGCCAAAGGAGACUUCAGUGAGGAAACAACCAACUUCAAAAAAACCAGAUACGGCCGGAGUUAAAAAGGCCGAAGCAAUUCAGAUUUUGAUCCGGUUUCCAAACGGCGAGAGAAGGGAGCAUAGCUUCUUGAGCACAGACAAGAUUCAGGAAAUUUUCCGACACAUCGAUUCAUUAGGCCUUGUAGGAGUUGGAAACUACCGACUAAUAUCAAACUUCCCUAGGAAAGUCUAUGGUGCAGAUCAAAUGGAAAUGAGCCUCAAAGAUGCUGGCCUCCAUCCAAAAGCAAGCCUUUUCUUGGAGCUUCUUUGACAUUAGUUAGCACAAGACUUGGAUAGAUUCAGUACUUAGUUUCUGUGGGGUUUCCUACUCUCAUGAGAUUUCAGUUGAUUUCUUUGGUUAUUGAAUGAACAAAUUCUCGGAAGUUAGUGGAACUGAGGACUAGUCUGGGUAGAGUACCAUUAGAGUUGAUGUAGUAAUGCAGAGUAGUGAAUUAGUACUAUGCUUUUGUGUAGCAAAGUAGUGCAGUUGCAGCUGGCUCUGUUUAGUGCUUUCUUUUUCCCUCCUCAUGACCAAGUUGCAAUUCUUGAUGCCCAGAAAUAAUGGUAGAAAGAUUUGGGUAGUGAAAAUAGAAAAGGGUCUCAACAGUAUAGACCAACGGUUUGAGCUCAAAAUUUUUUACGUUCAAUCCUCUACAUGACCAAGUUACGAUCGUGAUGCCCAGAAAUAAUUGUAGAAAGAUUUGGGCAGUGAAAAUAGAAAAGGGUCCCGAUGGGGAUAGUCCAACUGUUUGAGGUCAAAAUCUUUUACAUUCGAACCUCUACAUGACCAAGUUGCAAUUCUUGAUAGAA